CAUAUUUACAGGAUUCAUAACUCUUCAGCACAUUCCAGUAGUAGACUGCAUAAAUAAAUACAGGGUAAAAAAUACUUUGGGGAGCUUGGACCACGGCCAGCUUGCCUGGGUAACUGGACUUUGCGUGGAGCUGGAAGGGUGUUUUUUAAAAGGAGGGAAGCAGAAGAGAACAGCUUGAGAAUCUUGGCUCAGCCUGGGCAUAUUUCCUCCUAACUCUGGCUAAACCUCAGUGCAAACGGCUGGACGGAGGAGUCAGUGCGAAGCUGGGAGGGAGGCUGCGGGGCUCUGCACCAGGACUACAGCAGAGCUUGGAGAGGCUGAGACCAUGCUUUGCCUUUGGGUGCUGGCUUUUAUUUUAGUCCUGCAGGAGCGAGAUCUUCUAGCUGCUGCAGACCCUGUCAGUGUGUUACCUGGAAGCUUGGGAAGAGGAAGUUGGUGUCAUGAACAUGAUACAAUCCACGAACGCUUAGAUGUUAUUGAAGAGAAGGUAAUAAAGACAGUGGAGCACCUAGAAUCAGAAGUCAAGUCACUCCUCAACAUCAUCAAUGAGACAACAUCAAAUAUCCCCAUCGCACCAGAAACCCCAGUUAUGGACAUUUUUGAUGAUGAAACAAAGGAGGUCUACAAAAUACAAAAGUUAUUGGAAGUAUUUUGAUCUUUUAAAUCCAAUUUUGACUCACAAGCCCCUCAACACAAAACUUGUUCCUGGAUAAAUGUUUUUGGAAUAAAUUAAACCACGAUAGAAAUCAUUUGGAUGACACUACCCAUUCUGCACAUCUUCUUAGAAUGCUCAGUCCUCUUCAUCCUCUGCCCAAAUAUCUAUAGUGCAUUUAACAAAGUGAGAGACACUCCUGGUGGAAAACAAACCUCUUGUGGAAAGGUACGAGCAUCCACAGACAUAUUUAUGAAGAGAGUUUUGCCAGUGCUGGGUUUUUUUUGUUAAUUUACACACAUACGUGCGUAUCUAGUGCGCUUACAUCAUAGAAGGUGGGCUCAAAGCAGACAGCAGAAGAGCUUAUGUUGCUCUUAAGUUCUUGUAGUUGGCUGUAUGGAUCUGGUCACCAUGACUGCUAUGUCCUCACCAACUUUGUCAUUCACUAAAAUUACCAGCUUUCUGUGAGGGGCAGUUAAUAGGUAACAAUUAAGUUACUGCCCUGCAAUGACAAUUCACUUUAAAAAGUGUUCUAGCAAAGUGUUAAAGUGAAUUUAAAAUGGAAAUCCUAAGUCAACCUCAGCAUAUUUGCAGCACAUCUACAGUAAGUACUCUUCAGAUGGAGCUUGCAACAACUGCCAAGUGGCUCAAGUACUGUGGAGUUCAAGGACCUUCCUUCUGUGAUUUGGUGAAUCAAAGUGACAAUUACCCACUUUAAAGUAGCAGGACUCAAGUUUUAAAUUAUGUUUAUCUACAAAAAUUGAUCCUGAUCUUGCAGCCAAAAAUAAUUA